UCCCCUUCCUCCUCCUCCUCCUCCCGGGGCCUCCGAUGCCGCCGCCUCCCGCCCGCUGCUGAGCCGUGACGGGCGGGGGCCCCGGGACCCCGCCGGGGACAUGGGCAACGGGAUGUGCUCCCGGAAACAGAAGCGGAUUUUCCAGAGCCUGCUGCUCCUGACCGUGGUGUUCGGGUUCCUCUACGGGGCGAUGCUCUACUACGAGCUGCAGGGCCAGCUCAGGAAGGCUGAGGCCACGGCGCUCAAGUACCAGCAGCAUCAGGAGUCCCUCUCGGCUCAGCUACAAGUUGUAUAUGAGCACAGGUCAAGAUUAGAAAAGUCAUUACAAAAGGAAAGGCUGGAACAUAAGAAAGCAAAAGAAGAUUUUCUUGUUUAUAAACUAGAAGCACAGGAAACACUAAAUAAAGGAAGGCAAGACUCCAACAGCAGAUACAGUGCUCUGAGUGUCCAACACCAGAUGCUGAAGAGUCAACAUGAAGAACUGAAGAAGCAGCACGCUGACCUUGAGGAAGAUCACAGAAAACAAGGAGAAGAGUUUAGCAGGACAUUCAGUGUUCACAAGGAGAGAUACUUGCAGCUGCAGCAGGAGAAAGAGCAGGAGAUCUCCAAGCUGAAGGAAUCCCUGUAUAACUUACGAGAGGAGAACAGACAGUUGAGAAAAGCUCACCAAGACAUUCACACCCAGCUGCAGGAUGUCAAGCAACAGCAUAAGAACUUGCUGUCCCAGCACAACCAGCUUGUGGUGACACUGGAAGACCACAAGAGUGCACUAGCUGCUGCUCAGUCCCAGGUGGAGGAAUACAAACAGCUGAAGGACACCCUCAAAAAAAUACCGAGUUUCCGACAGCCUGAGAAGCUGGAAGGAGGAAAUGAGCAGCCUGAGGUGCGAGGACUGUCCCCCCACAGCGACCCCCCGGAGCACCAGGGACCUGUGACCCAGGAGCACCAGGAGAAUGAGAAGCCAAAAGAGAGAGGAGAAAUAAAUACCCAGGAACAAGCAGACAGGGCUGAGCCCUUCCAUCUCCAGGGAAGGGCUAAUGAGGGCCAGCAUCCCAAAGAGCUGAAUAUUCAGGAGCAACAAGAGGCUGGAGAAGAUGUCGAGCAACGUGCUGAUCAAGUUGAAGAAGAACGCAAAAAGGAACUUCAGGAGGAAGAAAUGGAGCAGGCAGGCCAGCCUGAGCACUUAGGGGAGGAACAGGAUCAAAUCCCAGAAGAGCAUGAAUGGAAAAAGCAGGAGCAGAAAGAAGAAGAAACCAACAUGUUGGGUGAUCACCUCCAGUCAGAGAUAACACCAACAAAAGCUGUACCAAAGAGACAAAAACCAGCUUAUGAGCAACAGCUGGAGCAGCAGCAUCUUGGAGCCCAGAGAGCAGAGGAGGCCAACCAGCUCCGGCAGCACCAGGAGUCUCUGCACCAGCAAAGGCUGCGGGGGCAGAUCCUGAGGCAGCAACAGCUCCAGGAGAAAGAGCUCCAGCUCCACAAACAGGCAGAACAAGGGGAAAAACUCUACAAAACCCAGCUCAGCCAACAGGCUCAUUAUGAUAACAUGGACCAGGAUAUUGUACAAGGGGAAGAAGAGCAAGGGAUUCAGGAAGAGGAAGGAGCUUAUGAACAUGACAACCAGCACCAGGAUGAAGGUGAAGACGAUGAUCAAAAUAAUGCAAAUGAACAGCAAGAAGCAGAACAUCAAGCAGAAAAUCAGCAGGCUGAUGAAUCAAAGGCAGCCAUGGAAGAUGUGAAUCCUGCUGACGACCCCAAUAAUCAGGGAGAAGAUGAAUUUGAGGAAGCUGAGCAAGAGCGAGAAGAAAACCUACCAGAUGAAAAUGAAAAGCACAAGGAAGCCAGUCAGAAACAAGGACAUCCAGGAAUGGAAGAGCACUUGGUGAUGGCAGGAAACCCCGACCAGCAGGAAGAUAAUGUGGAUGAACAAUACCAGGAUGAGGGAGAAGAGGAGGUCCAGGAAGAUUUGACUGAAGAGAAAAAACGAGAACUGGAACACAACGCUGAGGAGCCAUAUGGUGAAAACGAGGAAAAUGCAGAUGAAAAGAAUAACAGAGGGACAGACCAAGAGCAAGAAAUGCAAGAAGAGAACAACCAGAAAGAAGUUCAUGAAGACAAUUAUGAGGAGGAAGAAGAGGAGGAGGAGGAGGAAGGCAGAGCUGUUGCAGCAAAAUCUCGUAGACGAGGGGAGAUGUAGUCCCUGCAUUUUUCUUUUUCAGGACACAAAUUCCUGUUGUGGUUUGGUUUAUUUUUUUUUUUUUAAAGAACUUUUUUUUAGGAUAUUUAAUUUCCAAAAAAAAAAAAAAAAGCUUGUGUUUUACACUUUUUACUUUUCUAUUAGGUGCCCAUAUGUUUAUAUGAAUACGGUAUUUUGAUACUCUAGAUUAGGAUUUCUUUUCUAUUCCAGCUGUACAUAAACAGACAUCCUCGAGGUUUAAUUUUCUCUAAUUCUGGGCAUGGUUUAUAGAGGCCAUUUUGGAUACAUUUUCACCUUGUCCAGGUCUGACAGGGUUGUUUGGUGUAAUUUCAGACACAUUCAACACUGAAGGAAUAUUUCUAGUGCCUAAAUCCAGUUGACUUUAGUCACUCCAGCUCAUUGUCUUCCGUGGCAGGAUUUAUCCUGACUAAGGGCUGGUUAUUCCUUGUAACCUCACGAGGACAAGCACAGGCUGAGCUGUUUGCAGGACCAGGCCUUUUCUAGGUGCAGAACAGUUAUAAAAUAUGCAAGCUCUACAAAGCCUUCAGAAUGCAGCCAGGUUAACAGCUGUUAAUUUUGGCAGCUGUUUAUAUACACUUCAAUUAUGCAUUUAUUUUAAUGAGCAUACCCAGGUACCUCAAUUACACGCACUGCCUGGCAGCUCAUGCAGAUGGGGGUGUGCUGGAGGAGCUGGGAACCCAUUUAGACUUGAAGCUCCAUUAUGCCAAAUCACAACACUACAGCUGUCACAGGGAUGAAGAUUUACAGCAGCAACAAUUUCGUUGUCCUUGUUAAUAUAUGAAAUAUUUGACCGGAGAACUAUGAUUGUGUUGUCUCAGUGCCCCGUUUUCUGGAGCCUGCAGAGAGUAACUGAGCUGACAUGAUUGGUGCAAGAUGUUGAACUAAGGCCUUUUUACCUUCUUUUACUUAUUUAUUUUUUGAAGUCUGUGCUGGGAGGAUUUCUGUGUGCCCUGGUGUGAGAAUCAGACUCGAGACAAACCCCACAGAAGUUGUUUUGCCCAGCAAACACCUCCAGCACUGCAUGUGGAAACCUGAGGGUGGGGGGGACAACACAAAAACUGUGCCUUGGUGUAGGCUAUGAACAUAAUCACAGUGCAUGAAUCUAUACAAUAUUUGUAUUGGUACAGACACUAGUUAUUUAAUAUAUGUUAAAGGAGAAUGGGAAUCUGGAUUUCCCAGGCUGUGCCCCAUUGCUGGAAAUGAGGCCCAGGGGAGCUCCCCAAAGUGUGUGUUAAUAUAUAAAACGAAGGAUUGGGGGUUUUCCCCUUUUUUAAUAAUGAUACAUAGCAAUGUUUUUAGUUUUAACUUUUUAUAUGAAUGUAAUUUAAUUCAUUUUUCUACUAACUCAAUUAUAUUAAGUUUUAUAGUUGGUUUCCAUUCUUUGCAAUUUUCCUAAAUGUCCCCAACCCAGUGCUUACGUUUCACAGGAAGAUUUUUGUCAACAAGUAUUUUGGGUUUUCUAGUUACCAUAAAUAAGAUUUACCUUAUGUAUAAAAAAGUUUACAUGAGACUGUAAAAUGUAUAAUAUGUACAUAAUCUUCAGAAUACAAUUAUUUUGGUAAAUUGGCCUGUAUUUUUAAUGUCACGGUUGCAGUAUUUAAUUAUUUGAGGCAUAAUAAAACUUGACUGCAGUCAAUAAACUAGGACAUAGUUACUGAUCUUGCA